AAACACACUACAACAGUCUGCAAAACAUCCUCACAGCCACCAUGGAGUCUGCAGCUGUCCUGGCUCUGCUGAUGUCUCUCUGUUUCGUUUUCACUGAAUCUGUUCUGGAGGUGGAAACCAUCCAGGGAGAGGACUGCACUCUUCAAUGCACUGCUCACUCCAAGCCUGGUGUUCUGUACAGAGCAGUGAGGUGGUAUAAGGACGGAGAGUCGUCCGGUCUCAACGGCCUCCUCACCAAAGACCUCCCCAACGGCACCACGCGAUGGUACGUCGGCGUGGAGCGGGAGGUGGAGCUGCUAGGCGAGACCCAAGACAUCUUCCUGCCCAACGUCACGUGUGCUGACCGCGGCAUGUACACCUGUCACCUGGCGGCACCCGUGGGUGAGCAGAACCAGGAAGGUCAGGUUCUCCUCAAGCUCAGAGAUUGUCCUGGAGAAAGCAAAACAGAAAAUCCGCUGACAGACACAUACCUGGUUAUUUCCGCCACAGUCGUGCUGAUGCUUGCUCUUGUGAUUUUCCUCAUCAGCUAUGGCAGUUUAAAGAACAUCAUCAGAGACAGAAGCAAGACGCCGAAAAAACAAACGUUACUGGAAUCACCUUUCAAACCGCUGAACCAAAAGGACUUACAGUCGAUUUACACGUUGGGGCCUAAAGUGUCGAGAAAAACGGAUUUCAUCGUUUAAAGAUGUUGAAGAAAGAAGACGACUAGACGAACCGUGAAGACGCCACAGAACAGUUUCGCUUUAAAGCAAAGGAUCAGCGUUUCCUUGUUUCUACCCAAUUCAUUUAAGAAAAGAUCCAAUUUAGACACUGAUAAUCCCUCCAAUAAGCAACAGAAGCCUUUUGAUUGGACGAUCACAUACUUCUAAUAAACGACGCCCCCAUAAUGUUCAAAAACCUCACAAGGACUAAAACGCUUAGGAACCUCUUUAGAAGCUAAAACCAAAACGUGGCCACGGAGCGGGGUCUUCCAGCCAUGGACAGAAGCUGUCUACUGGUGAAGGCCGCUGUGGCUCAGGAGGUAGAGCGGGUGAUGAGAAAAAAAAGGAUGGCGGUUCGAUUCCCCCGGGAUCCUCCUGUCCAUGUGUGGAAGUGUCCCUUGAGCAAGACGCUGAACCCAAAGAUUCUCCACCGCUGGUCGAGGAGCUCGCUGAUAUUGAUGUGUGUGUGUGUCAGUGUGUGUGUGUGUGUGUGUGUGUGUGUGUGUGUGUGUGUGUGUGUGUGUGUGUGUGUGUGUGUGUGUGUGUGUGUGUGUGUGUGAAUCGGUGCUAGGGGAUGUACGUCCUCGUUCAUUCCAAAACCCUUGAAAUGUGAAUGUUUACUUUCCUAUAACACCUGUAUAAUUUACUUUUUUUAGUUUUUACUGUCAUUGACUAAAAUACAUAUGGUACGAAAUACUGUUGAAAAAGCAUUUUACAAGAUAUGAUUUAUAAUAACAAUACAUUAUAAACAAGAUAUUGAAAUUCAUGAUGUGUGUGUGUGUGUGUGUGUGUGUGUGUGUGUGUGUGUGUGUGUGUGUGUGUGUGUGUGUGUGUGUGUGUGUGUGUGUGUGUGUGUGUGUGUGUGUGAGUUCAUAUGUGUGCAUUUAUGUGCUUGUGAGAAUAAGCUGGGUUUGAUUUUGAUUAAGAGGAUUUGACAAAAGUCCCUAUGAAUGCAACAACUACAGAUUAUAAAAACACACUGAAACAAGCAGCCAAAACAAAACUUUAAAAUGUUGAUAUUUCAUCAAAAACAUUUUAUUCUACAUGUCUCGUUUGAGAUUCUGUAAAAAGCAUUAUAUUCUGAGCUCCUCAGUGGAACUAGGAAUGAUUGAUUAUUCUGAGACAAACAGUCACGUGACAACAAUUCAGGAAAACUUCGACACUUUGUGAUUUAUGUCAUUUAAGUUUUAUGUUUAAGCUCUCUCUCCCUCAUGAUUUUGAUGCUUCAAUGAAGGAGCAGUAUUUUUAUACCGGAAUAAAGACAUGAGGCCACACAGAUGGAAAUGUAAUCAGUAGAAAAGUUUGGUCUCGUUCUGAACCUGCAGAUUGUUCCAUACCUGAUAUGUUGCAAACCACUGAAAUAAAUGUUUAUUUUUGUUA